UUGGAGGUGGCAAGGGCUCCAAGGCUCAGGAGGUAGCUGGGCUUACAAUCGUGAGCCUGUGAUCAGCUUAGCUUCAGAGAUUGGGGUUUACAGACCAUCUGCUUUAUCCGAAGAUUUCCAGCUGACAAGGAGCUAGGAGGCUCACACACCAUCUUGCCUGGGUCCUAGGCAAGCGAGUUGGACUGCGUGUUCUUCCUUGGCAGAUGGGGAAACUAAGCCUCAAGAAUGGUGAAUGACUUGCCCAGUACAACACAGCCAGGAAGUAAGAGAGUUGGGGUCAGAGCUAGAGUCUGGCCAGUUCCAGAGCCCCUGAGGGUAGACCAGGUGUUUCCAGGGCAGAAUGGCCCAGGAUCUCAGGGAGAAAGAGCUACUGAAGAUGGAGGUGGAACAAUUGAAGAAGGAGGUGAAGAGCCCCCGAGCUCCGAUUUCCAAGACAGGAAAGGAAAUCAAGGAUUAUGUGGAGGCCCAAGCAGGGAAUGACCCUCUUCUCAAAGGCAUCCCGGAGGACAAGAAUCCUUUCAAGGAGAAAGGCACCUGUGGGAUUAGCUGAUAGCCCAGAGCCCUUAGCCCUGUAUAUCGGUCCUUCAUCAGCCAGGAUCAAAUCCUGGGAUACCCAGGAUCUCCUCUUAUUGCAAUGAGUAAAGAUGCCAAUGAAAGCCUGUG